GUCAUAUUCCAUUCAAUUAGUUAUAGCGCUUAGUGCUAGCGGCCGGCAAUAUCCCGUGAAUGACGUGUAGUGUUCAUUGCCAGUGACCAAAUUGAGUUGAAUUUUUCUAGACCUUUGUUCCAGACCUUUCGUACAGUGAGCUAGCGAUGCAGUCCGCACGCUUUCGCGGUAGUUGCCCACAAAAAGCCUAUAUUCACACCUUUCUAGAUCAUCUAUACCUACGUUAAAUGAAUACGAAAAUGAUGGUGCGUUCUGUCGCUUCAACUACCUUGUGUCUUUUUGCAGCAGUGGCCCACCUCGUCGCCACAGUGGAUGGCUCUUCUGCGACGAAAGGAGGAGGGGGUGCAUCAACAAGAACAACAUCCGUGAAGCACAUGAGUUGGAAAGAGCAGCAACGGUGCUUUUACAAGUCUCUGAUGGCUCCUGGAGGCGAUAUUUCGGCAUGUUGGCCUACUCCUUUCGUCUUUCGGCCACCGGGAGGGGAUCCGAACGAGUACCAGUCGUGGUCCGACCUAGUUGAUGGUUACGAGGACGACGUAACGGCUUUUUACCACGAUCAUGAUCACUCAGCAUUAACCAUGUCGUCGUCAACGACAUCAUUAUCAACAUCAUCGGUUACCAAAUAUUCAUCUGUUGAAGAGGAUGCACGACCUUUAGAUGUGCUUGCAGCACAUGCCGAAGAAAACGAUGCUGUUGCAAAGGAGCAAGAGCUACAAAGAAAAGCGCAAGAAGGUUCGCCAUCUCGUGCUUCUUCAACCCUUUCAGCUAGUGAGGUUGAACAAGUCGCCGAGAUAGAAGUUGCAGCGGAGGCCGACAUGGUGACUGUGGAGAAGCCAGACGAUGCGGGUGCGGCGCACGACGUGUCUUCCUACUUUCCUGACGAUGAGACCAGAAGCAGUUCUCCAAACAGCGAGCAUGAAGAUGCAUCGAAAAUGGACAUUGCUGUCGAUGUGAAAAAUGUAACGACGGACUCGAGAGCUUCCUUGUUGCCAUUGGUAAACAUGACGGCUUGGGUGUCCCGGACUGCUUGUCCGUACUGGCAUCGUUCAGUGCUUGUGGUGCCGAUGCUGUAUGACGCAGCUGCUGCCGACGGUAGGAGGCCAACACAUGAUCCUCAAGAACAAGGAGGAGAAAGGAGAUCAGGACACCAGCAGGCAGAAAUCGUGAAAGCUAAGAUCACGACAGCGCACCGAGAGGAACAGAAUCAGACGACUGGCAGUGCUUUUGGUGUGGAAGCCCAAGUCGAUGUGGCACUCGCUGUAGAAAGAGAUCAGGAAGCCGUGCUAACCAGCGAGCAGGCGCAAGCCCAGCAACAGGCGGAAGAAGAAACAGCAGUAGAGACGACAGUACUAGAAAAAGUUGUACGAGGUCAGGACGAGAAAAGCACUUCAUCUACUGUAGGAGAGACGGCGUUGAGCAGAAAGUCUGAGAACGUGGAACCCCGCUUGCUGUUUCAACGACGAGCACCUUGGAAGUGGGCGUUUGGAGGGCUCUUAGAUCUUGGUGUCUCGGAGACGGUGGAGCAUGGGGAGCCGGACCAUGUGGCAGCCAUACGAGCGGUGAAGGAAGAACUGGGACUCGACCCAGGGGAGUUCGCCGAAGAGUCACAAACCUGUAGGGAAACCACAGAAGAACAGACGUCGGACUCUGUCAUGGGAGACCACAAAAAGUCUUCUUCUGCUAGCACCACAGAAGUUUCAUGCACCUCUUCAGACCCAGAUAUAGCAGUAAGAACAGGAGGAGCCUCUCCGGUGGACGCGAACACACGCGAAAUGCAUGAUGCGCUUGUGAAGGAGCACCAUGCAGCAGCUGCGCCGCAGGCUGCUGAUGAUAUUCGAAAGUCUCGCAGCGACACCAUGGCGGCCGUGACAGCGACAUCCCUACCGCCUUCACAAAGCGCCCAGCACCUGCUAGAGCGCGAAAAAGACGGGCCGCAAGCACCGAAAACGAACAUUCAGGAGUGCUGUCGUAUUUCCUUCAUGUGGCGCGGUGACAUGGAACAGAUGCAACCGCUGUGCGAAAAAACACUAUUGACCAUUUACACAGCGCCAUACAUGCGGACGGAUAUGUCUACCGACGUCGAAGUUGGCGGUUUUCACUAUUGGAACUUCACAGAAUAUUAUGGAACUACAUCUUCAUGCUUAAGAAGUUGAAUGUAGUUGGUCUAGUUCAAUGAACUGAUCAAACUGACGUUCUGUGGGAGUUUCUGGUGCAGAUUCACUGAGAUUUUCUUUCUUUCGUGUCACAAAUAAAGUCAGUAGAAAACGACACAAGCCUAGUUCCAAAGUUGUGACAGAGGAGAGAAACUCAUUAGAACAGAUCAGCGCCAAAUCACAAACUCUAACUUUUUCAGGAACACGCGAGGAAAAAUGCGAGCGACCUUGGGCCGUGGGUGCAUCCUGUUCUGCUGAGCUGUCAAAUAAAGUGUGGCUUUCGCCGCUGAGACGCAUUGCAUCGAUGUGAUUGACUGUACAAUGAACGCGAGCAGGCGUUAACAUCGAUUUCUACUAUUUUUUUGUCAUGACUCGCUACAUGGAGCUUAUGCGACUUUAUUGUUGCAUGUCUACACUUUUUCUACGUUAGUUACCGAUAUUUCCACAAAAACAAGAACAGGGCCAUCGCUGGGCUUGUUCAUGAGUCAUAACACUUCGAGAAAUGAAAAUGAGUCGCAUGAAAACACAGAUACGCAUAUGAUAUGAUCAGUCAUUUGGAUCGAAUUUCUAUGAUGUCAACAAUGCUUCCGAGAAGAUCCAGCAUACUUAUCCGAAGUAGUUUUUUGCGUACGUGACGCGGAAAAGCAUGUGUAC